GAAAGACCUAGAAAAAAAAAAAGAAAAGCAAAUGGCAGAAUCAGAAACAGGAACUCCUGCAGCGUCAGCACCGGCAACUCCGGGAACUCCAGGUGGACCACUGAUGUCAUCUUUGCGAGUGGACUCGCUGUCCUAUGAUCGCAAGCCAAUGCCACGAAAUAAGUGCUUGCCGGUCACCGUCCCGGCGUGGGGUCAACCUCACACGUGCUUUACGGACUUUCCCGCUCCCGAUGUUUCUCUCACCCGCAAUCUGGGAGCUGAGUUUGUAGGGACCUUCAUCCUAAUAUUCGCGGCAACAGCAGCACCAAUAGUUAACCAAAAGUAUAACGGUGCAGAGACAUUGAUAGGGAAUGCCGCAAGUGCAGGGCUAGCGGUGAUGAUAAUAAUCCUGUCAACAGGACACAUAUCAGGAGCUCAUCUGAAUCCCUCCCUCACUAUAGCAUUUGCGGCACUACGUCACUUCCCAUGGGCUCAAGUCCCUGCCUACAUAGCCGCACAAGUAUCAGCUUCUAUUUGUGCUUCCUUUGCUCUCAAGGGAGUAUUUCAUCCCUUCAUGUCGGGUGGUGUUACCAUUCCUUCAGUAACCAAUGGUCAGGCUUUCGCACUUGAGUUCCUUAUCACUUUCAAUCUAUUGUUUGUUGUCACUGCUGUCGCCACCGACACUCGGGCGGUGGGAGAGUUGGCAGGUAUUGCUGUUGGAGCUACCGUUAUGCUCAACAUUCUGGUGGCAGGGCCAUCAAGUGGUGGUUCAAUGAAUCCCGUGAGGACUCUGGGGCCAGCUGUUGCAGCAGGAAAUUACGAGGCAUUGUGGAUAUAUUUGGUGGCGCCCACGCUUGGAGCCCUAGCUGGGGCCGGUACCUACACAGCCGUCAAGCUCCGAGAGCAUGAGGUGGAUCCGCCGAGCCAGGUCAGAAGCUUCCGUCGUUAGCCAAUUGUGGAGGCCAGGCCUCCAAUAUCAAUAAGCUCUGUUAUGGAUAACAUAGAAGGCAACGUUACCAACGUAAAAUUUUCUAGUGCUGGAGAAGAAUAAAAGGCAUGUGACCAGAAGGUCACGACCUACAGUUUAGUUGAAUAAUUGUUGCUCUGGGUGUGGUGCUCAUUAUUCAGCGCGUCAUCUCUGUCAGACCAAUAUGUUUCUGAUGAAAGGACGUUUGUAUUUGGCUCCUUGCUACCUGUUUGACUUAAUUUAUGUGGGACGUUUCUAGUCUUCGUAACCAUUA